GUGUGCGCGUGAUCUUUUAGUAUUAUACUGACUGUGGUACACGUUUUCCUCUCUCUAUUUUCUUUUUCUUUUUCGUCUAUUUUAUUUCUUUCAUUGUUUUUUUCGUCUAGUUGUGAUCACUAUUAUUCUAGGUCUAUAUAUUGCAUCAUCUUUAGCUAUCUCUGUCUAUUUUUUCAUUUUUCUUUUUUGCCACAUGUCAGUUUAGAAACAUGAUUCCCUCACUGAGAAAAAUCGGAUUUCCCGUACGAUUCCAAUAAGAGUCACGUAAGAUUUAAAAAGUAGGAAUGAGCUAUGACUUUGAGAAGACGCCCUUAGCACUUUCUUACCACUUCUUUAUGAAAUUCUUGCUAGAAGCAAGAUACUGUUUUAUUUUGCAGAAGCACAUACUAUAUAAGCACUAAUUUCUUGGAAAAUUUUUUAAAAUUUCUUCAAGGUAGAUAAGACUUAUCGUUUUGAGAAUGCUUCGCGACCUCUUACACACUCACUAAUGAUCUAUGCAGAACCAAUGACUUCAGCAAGAGAAAUACCUAUUUAAAAUGUCGUUUUUCUACCAUCACACAACGAUUAUAAGACUUUGUUUCUCAAGGACUCGAAAUUGGUAUGGCAAUGGACUGUUUUUCUAACUUUUCAUAUUCUGAAAGCACGGUUUCGCAUGUAUUUUCUAUUAAGUUUUGAUCGAGCAAUUGUGGGUUUAAUGACUAACUUAACGUUUUUCAAAGUUAUAAGAUGCUCAAUGAAAUAAUGAAAACAUUUUCAUUAUUUUCUGACGCAGUUUGACUGAGAUAUUUGAGUUUGACUUGGCCUAUUCACUUUCGUAGCAUAAAGUGUUUCUGAAAAACUUUGGGCACGAUUUCGUUUUCAGGGAAGAAUUUUGGAACAAAAGUUUCGUCACAAAUAUUGUUCAGAAUCAAAUUAUACAUCAGAUGAGCGGACGUUUUGAAAUUUUAAAAUCUCGACUUUUAAAUAGAAAUUUACGCCAAAUUCGACGAUUGAAAACAAUGUUCUGAGAUUUAAAAUCGUGUUUUCAAAAUUUCAAAAAUUCCUCCGCCCAUCUGAUGUACAAUUUGAUUCUGAACAAUAUUUGUGACGAAACUUUUGUUUCAAAAUUCCUCCCUGAAAUGAAAUCAUGCUCAACGUUUUCCAAAAAUAAUUUUUCCUACGAGAGUGAAUCGGCCAAGUCAAACUCAAAUAUCUCAGUCAAACUGCAUCAGAAAUGAAAAAAUGAAAACUUUUUCCUGGGUAUAUCUCGAGAUGCCCGAGUGCUUGGCGCAAGAAUUACCGUUCCAUCUAAAAAAAAGUGUUAUAGAAAUUUUAAAAAAUGGACAAAAAAACCUCUAAGUAACUUAAAAACUUUUUUCUAAGAAAACUUGAAUUCCGUGAUAUAGAUUUUGAUAUUUCUUCUUUUUGUAUAUUACGCUUGAAAUGAGGAAGAAAAAACAAAAAGAAAUUUUUUUAUCAAGAAUUAAGAUGAAUAACAAGGUGAAUAUAAGAGUGCAGACAAAUAGAAAAUAACAUUUAUAUGACGCAUAGAUAAAAUAUUGAUAUUAAUCUAACCUAUAAAACACAAACUCUUUUAUUUAUUUGAAUGCGCAUGUUAUAUAGUUAGCUGAAAAUAAAAAAUUUGUUUUUUUGUGAGAAAAACCACAUAGAAGUGUAAGUAAAAGUCUGUUAUUAUCCCAUAUUCUAUAGGUAAACUUAAUUUAUCUGUAAGAAUAACUAUCGCAUAUUUGUUCAUUCUUAUUGCCAUCCACUCGUUUGGUUCAUAUUUGUUGAUAGAAAUUGUUGAAAAAAUUGAAAUUAUAAUUAUGAAAAAUUGAGAUUUAUGAGUACAUAUAAAUUCUGAACAAAAAUGUAUGAGACAAAGAUAUUUUCAGAUUAUUCAUAACUCGCCAUUCUCCAAAACAUGCGUAAAGUCAGUCACAUCAGAAUUUUGAUCGCUUGUCUAAUGUUCUCUUUAAAUGCCAGUUUUUGUGUAUUUUCUUAAAGUUAGACUAUUGAAAUUCCUUACUGGAUACUUUAUACUACUGCGCCUCUCAAAAGGUUAUAGAGUAUAUUAUUCAUAGAGAAGAUUUACAUUAAAACCGUUAGAUCUAUGCUGAGAAGUUUCUGUCUUAUUGGCGCAAAAAACUAGAUUAUCAUUCCUAUUGUAUGGUCUUGUUUUAGACAUUUCAGAAAGUAUAAAAAUGUAUUUUUCACAAUGUAUGCAGAAUAUAUGUAUGUCAACAGUAAUACCAAGAAGGUUUCGAUUAUUUUUAAUUAUAAACAGUAUUUUCUAUCUAAUAUUAGGAUUAGCCGCUAUUGGAUUUGAAACUGGUCUUUUAGUUUUAAAACAAGAAAAUAUAUGGGCUGGAUUUUCGGCUGGUGCAACGCUUAUCGGCGCAUCAUUAUCAUUAUUAAUAACAAGUUGUUGUACAGUCUACCAUUUAUUUUCAUUACUAAUUACAUUAACACUUACUAUGUGUUUUUCUGUAUUAGGUUUAGUAUAUGCAAGUAUUCAUUUCAGUAAAGAUCAAUGUUUUAAAUAUAAUUACAACAAUUGCGAUAGAGUGCCCUAUGUAUUAAAAAUACUUUCGAUCGUUCUAUAUUUAAUUGCAUUAGGUCAAACAAUAAUCAAUAUUAUUGUUGCUAUAUUAGUCAGACAAAAACAACGAAUAGUUAUGCCACAACUACCAAAUACAACACUUAAAGUAUAA